AUGACCGCUCCCUGGCGGCGCCUCCGGAGUCUGGUUUGGGAAUACUGGGCCGGGCUCCUCGUGUGCGCCUUCUGGAUCCCAGACUCGCGCGGGAUGCCCCACGUCAUCCGGAUCGGAGGAAUCUUUGAGUAUGCAGAUGGCCCCAAUGCCCAGGUCAUGAAUGCCGAGGAACAUGCCUUUCGAUUUUCUGCCAACAUCAUCAACAGGAACAGGACCCUGCUGCCCAACACAACCUUGACUUAUGACAUCCAGAGGAUUCACUUCCAUGACAGCUUUGAGGCAACCAAGAAGGCCUGUGACCAGCUGGCACUCGGCGUGGUGGCGAUCUUUGGGCCAUCACAGGGUUCCUGCACCAACGCCGUCCAGUCCAUCUGCAACGCCCUGGAGGUGCCUCAUAUCCAGCUGCGCUGGAAGCACCACCCACUGGACAACAAGGACACCUUCUACGUGAACCUCUACCCUGACUACGCCUCACUCAGUCAAGCCAUCCUUGACCUGGUCCAGCACCUCAAGUGGCGGUCAGCCACCGUGGUCUACGACGACAGUACAGGGCUCAUCCGGCUGCAGGAGCUCAUCAUGGCCCCAUCGAGAUACAACAUCCGCCUGAAGAUCCGCCAGCUCCCCAUCGACUCUGAUGACUCUCGCCCCCUGCUCAAGGAGAUGAAACGAGGCCGGGAGUUCCGCAUCAUCUUUGACUGCAGCCACACCAUGGCAGCCCAGAUCCUCAAGCAGGCUAUGGCCAUGGGCAUGAUGACCGAGUACUACCACUUCAUCUUCACCACUCUGGAUCUCUAUGCGCUAGACCUGGAGCCCUACCGCUACUCAGGAGUGAACCUGACAGGGUUCCGAAUCCUCAAUGUGGACAACCCCCACGUCUCGGCCAUCGUGGAGAAGUGGUCCAUGGAGCGGCUGCAGGCGGCUCCCCGGGCAGAGUCUGGGCUGUUGGACGGAGUGAUGAUGACCGACGCAGCCUUACUGUAUGACGCCGUACACAUCGUGUCCGUGUGUUACCAGCGGGCGCCCCAGAUGACCGUGAAUUCCCUGCAGUGCCACCGGCACAAGGCCUGGCGUUUUGGUGGCCGCUUCAUGAACUUCAUCAAAGAGGCUCAGUGGGAAGGAUUAACUGGACGGAUUGUUUUCAACAAAACCAGUGGCCUGAGGACGGAUUUUGAUCUGGACAUCAUCAGCCUGAAGGAGGAUGGCCUGGAGAAGGUUGGUGUCUGGAGUCCUGCUGAUGGGCUCAACAUCACAGAGGUUGCCAAAGGCCGGGGCCCUAACGUCACUGAUUCUCUGACAAACAGGUCUCUCAUCGUCACCACUGUGCUGGAGGAGCCCUUUGUCAUGUUCCGGAAGUCUGACCGGACCUUAUACGGGAAUGACCGAUUCGAGGGCUACUGCAUCGACCUGCUCAAGGAGCUGGCACACAUCCUGGGCUUCUCGUACGAGAUCCGCCUGGUGGAGGAUGGCAAAUAUGGGGCGCAGGACGACAAGGGCCAGUGGAACGGCAUGGUCAAGGAGCUCAUUGAUCACAAGGCAGAUCUGGCUGUGGCUCCACUAACCAUCACCCAUGUCCGAGAGAAGGCCAUCGACUUCUCCAAGCCCUUCAUGACACUCGGUGUGAGCAUCCUGUAUCGCAAGUCCAAUGGCACCAACCCCAGUGUCUUCUCCUUCCUCAACCCGCUGUCCCCGGACAUCUGGAUGUAUGUGCUCCUUGCCUACCUGGGUGUCAGCUGUGUCCUCUUUGUCAUUGCCAGGUUCAGCCCCUAUGAGUGGUAUGACGCUCAUCCCUGCAAUCCCGGCUCCGAGGUGGUAGAAAACAACUUCACUCUGCUCAACAGCUUCUGGUUUGGAAUGGGCUCCCUGAUGCAGCAAGGGUCUGAACUGAUGCCCAAAGCACUGUCCACACGCAUCAUCGGUGGCAUCUGGUGGUUCUUCACACUCAUCAUCAUCUCCUCCUACACAGCCAACUUGGCUGCCUUUCUCACAGUGGAGCGCAUGGAAUCACCCAUCGACUCUGCUGAUGACCUGGCCAAGCAGACCAAAAUCGAGUAUGGGGCUGUCAAGGAUGGGGCCACCAUGACCUUCUUCAAGAAAUCCAAAAUCUCUACCUUCGAGAAGAUGUGGGCUUUCAUGAGCAGCAAGCCUUCCGCGCUGGUGAAGAACAAUGAGGAGGGCAUCCAGCGAACACUGACGGCCGACUACGCACUGCUCAUGGAGUCCACCACCAUCGAGUACAUCACCCAGAGGAACUGCAACCUCACCCAGAUCGGGGGCCUCAUCGACUCCAAGGGCUACGGCAUCGGCACGCCCAUGGGCUCCCCAUACCGGGACAAGAUCACCAUCGCCAUCCUGCAGCUACAGGAGGAAGACAAGCUGCACAUCAUGAAAGAGAAGUGGUGGCGGGGCAGCGGGUGUCCCGAGGAGGAAAACAAGGAGGCCAGCGCACUGGGCAUCCAGAAGAUUGGCGGCAUCUUCAUCGUCCUGGCCGCUGGACUGGUCCUGUCUGUGCUGGUGGCUGUGGGCGAGUUUGUGUACAAGCUCCGCAAAACGGCAGAGCGAGAGCAGCGUUCCUUCUGCAGCACCGUGGCAGACGAGAUCCGUUUCUCCCUCACCUGCCAGCGUCGGGUCAAGCACAAGCCACAGCCUCCCAUGAUGGUCAAGACCGAUGCUGUCAUCAACAUGCACACAUUCAAUGAUCGCCGGCUUCCUGGCAAGGACAGCAUGACUUGCAGCACAUCAUUAGCCCCCGUGUUCCCCUAGGCACAGGUUGGGUGGGGACCACAGGCCUGGGGCAAGGCAGAGGGACGAGAAGGAGAUCGGAAGGAACAGCCCAAUCCUCACACCAGGCGUGGGAACCAGAGCAGCUGCCUGCAUGCUGGGCCAGGAACCUUCUGCUCUCACCUACCAGGAAACCAGCAGGACCUCAGGCCCCUGCUUGGGCUGCACUCUCCUCCUGUCUCUUCUGUGGGUUUCUAAGCUGUCAGCCAAGAUAGCCAAGGCCAAAGGAAGCACAUCCCUCUCUCAGGCCAAACUCACCCAUCCCAGUCCCCAUACUCUGCUCUACAGUCCGGAGUUUCUGUCACAGCCCAGCACAGGCUACAGAAAAUGGAAGACAGCUCCUAGACUUCCACUUCUUCCUCAAGAGCCCAGGCCCCCUAGGGCUUGACCACGAGUCCAGAGACACAAACCUUGGCGCCUUACAGAUGUCACAAUGUGGCCGCCAAUGGGAGCCAAGGGAUGACCAUCCCACAUGCCUAGGCAAAAAGAAGGUUCUUCUGGACUUGGCUUCACCAAUGGCAGCCCCUUGGCAAAAUGGAAGGCAGAGUGGAAAGGAGAAGUUUGGAAAUGAGGGAGAAGAGAAUGCACAGAUAAAGCCACCAUUUUGGAUUCUUAUGGACAAUAUCUCAAUGGUUCCCAUUUCUUGAGAAGGUCUCCAGGAAUACACAUGGCAUAGUGGUCACAGCAAAUACUUCUCUGCUUCUCUCCAGAGGAGAGAGGACCCCUAAAUCUCUCACAAAGGAUGCCCAAUGACUCACCUGAUAUUUAAAGCCCAGCGGAGGAACGGUGGGUUCCAUGAAAAUCCCACAACCCCUUGAGCCACUGGGCCUCACUUUGCUGGUUAGCAAGCUGUUUACUAAACCCUGUUGGCAUUUGGGAACCUGGGCUCUUUGCCAUCUACUCACUGGCAACUUCCUAUUCCUGGCCAGUUGAACUUGCCCUCCCUCUGUCAUCCUGGAAAGAGAAGAGUAGCCUCAAUUGAGGUGAAAAUCAAGUCACUCUUCCUGGAAAGACCCAGUGUUCUACUGCACAUGUUCUUUGGGGUAGGUAGGAAAAGCCAGAGGGGUCCAAUGAACUCCUGGCCUCCUGGACCUGCCAAACUUAAGGAUGCUCCCUAGAAAAAAGAAUGUUUUCAGUAGCAGGAUAUCGUAGCUACAGGGGCCCAGGUGGAGAGGGAAGCUGCCUCCUGGAGAAUUAACCAAAGACCCAACAGAGACAUAAGGCCAUCUUGACCCUUUGUCUCUAAUCCGGAGCAGUUGCAGCCUUGGAGAAGACAGCAGAGGAGAGGAGCAGCAGCCAGUGGAGUACCAGCAAGAGUAUGGACCGGAUGAUCUGUGGGUUCCAGCUUGCUGUGAAUGCUGUAGAAUCUGGGACUUUAAGAUUCUUAAAAAAGAAUGAGAAAUGAAGGGUUAGGCAAAAAGUGUCCUUAAAGAGAGCAUAAUGGGGCCCACAGGCCUCCAUGGUCAAGGGUAGAAACUAGGCUCUAACCAGGGGAAGGAGAGCUGGAAAUUCUGGACAGAAAACCAGGGGACACAAGCCGCUCCUCCCACCUAGCUCCUGGUACUGCUAGGGGGCCCAGCUCAGCUAGAAAGAUCUACAUUUCCAUCUCAAGGGUCUUCUCAGCAGGGGGAGAAGGAGCCUUGCUAGAAAAGCAGAAGACUGACUUAGAGAGAUCCUCCAAACAGAACUACAGGAUCCAACCCACUGGGUCCUAAUUGACAGCAGCUCUAAUUGGCUGUCUGAAACGGAGGAGGGGGAAGAGGGCUAGACAAACAGUGGAACCUGAUGCAUGGGAUGAUGGGAAAAGCCAUGCUGCUGUGAGCUUCGGGAGGUUGUGAGUGCAUGUGUGUUUGAGGUAUGAGCUUUGGGGGCUGGGGUCAAGGACAGAUUUAGCCGUUUGACAUAGUCCAGGGCAUGCAAUAAUAGGGGAUCCUUUGGGACCUGGUAUCUGUAUGUGAGUGUGUACACAUGAGUGAAUUAGGGAUGAGGGAGAUAAAUCUGGAGCAACAGAACCCUAUCUAUGUAAAAACAGGAGAAGCCAUGUCGUAAUGGGGUUCUGGUGAGAGUGAGUAUGUGCGUAUGUGUGUGUGUGUGCCUGUGCACUAAACAGCAGAGGACCGAGGGCAGGAAAACCCUGCAGCAUAGCCAAAUGUGUGUUAAAGGAGAAGCCAUGUCAUCAAGAGGUCUGAGUAUGGGUGUGUGCAGACUUGUGUGUCCAUCAGAGAGCAAGGGAGGACACACAAAUGCCUGUUGUAUGUGAGGAGCCCUGUAGAUGGGAGGUUGGAGUGUGUGUGUGAGUGUGCUCAUGCCCAUGUGUGUUCAGACACACACAUAUGUCCCAGCUCACAGGAGGAGCAGGAUGGACAAUCAAUCAGGAAGGCCGGGAGUCAGGGUCUGCACUCCUGUCACAGGAGGGGUUGUGUGUCACACUUUGCAGAGGUUGUACGAGCAUACAUACCCAUGGGAAGAUGGCCAGGGGGCUUCAUCCUUCUGUGCCUCAUGGCUGCUGACUCCUUUGCUGUAGCCGGAGUGUCCUGUUUGAAGGACAAACUUCUUCUUUUACCAUUCCUAAUAAUAGGAUUCUAAUGAAAGUCUUUACCAAUUGCUUUCACCAACCACAGUCACUAAUCACUGUCUUACUUGGUCUAGCACAAUUUCAUAGCACACACCCAUACCCACACUCAUAUCACACACACAUGUGCUUUUGUGCAUGACACUAUAUGAAUGUGUCAUGUUCUUCUGAGGCUAUGCACUUAUGUAUAUUGUGAUGGGAGGAAGAGAAGGAAGUCGCCGGGGUGGAAGACUUUUUCAUCAAAGGAAUGAAGAAUGGUGGACAGGCAGAGGUGCCAUUCCAUUAGGGGAGUUCCCCCAAAGGCACUAGCACGGAUUUUAUACUCCUGCACAGAAGUGGGAUGGUGUGCUACCUGAUCUCCCAUUUCAUUUGAGCCUUAUAGCUGGAGAUGUGGCUAAUCCUCAACCUCUGACUGAUGUCCUGUAUCAUAGAGACCAGACCAGUGUAUGGAGUGCGGCGGAGAUUACCCUGCGUACAUCUGAACUGUGACUCUCCCUGGGUGCUGAAGCUGACACCCUAUCUGUGAAAUGGGAAUGGAGGGUAGAGGACCGGAGGGAGGUGUCUCUGGAAAGGAAGGUCAUUUAUGGUUAAGUUGAGGCUGCCCUGCUGCCAACAGAGUACAGCUGUGCUGGGGUGGAGGCACACAUGCAUGUGCACAUAUAUGUGCAUACACAAGCACAGAGGCACCAAGGAGUGAUAGGAAGCACAAAGCUUGCUUGGAUGGGGCAGAAGAUGAGAUGUGCCUGACAGGCACCUGAUUGUCCCCGUGUGGUCCCUCAGGACAGGCUGAACUGAAGAGUGCUUCCCUCCUCCACAGUGCCACCCUGGCCAAACUGAGGAGCCUUGAGGAGGAGACGACCCCACCUCCCUCACCAAGGCCUGGGACUUAUGGACAUUGAGCCCCACUUCUGUCUCUCCCUGGACCUGAUGGUGGCUUCUCUGCUGUGGACAUAUAAGAAAAGCCCAAAGGCUUUUUCAGUGUCCAGAUGGCCCCACUCUGCAUGUAUUCCAUAGGAGGGAAAAUGCUCCCUUGGCCAAUAAGCCAGACUCUGAAUCUCUGAGGGGUAGGAGAGCUGCCUCUUUUAGCCCAGACUCUGCCUCAGCCAGAAGAGCACAGCUGGCUCCUGCUGGCCCCAGCUUAGGAUGGAGGGAGGUCUGGACAAGCUAGAUGUUGCUCCCCCUCCUUCAAGUCCAGGAAAACAGAAGUCAGACCUAGGCCCACAUUCUCCAAGAACUAUUGCAAGUCCCCUUCUGCCUUUCUUUCCAGGGGAUACUUCUGCUUCGUCCCUCAGCAUGAAGUGGAUUCUUCCCCAAGCCAUUCCCUGCUGUGUGCACAGCAUCUGAAAACAGGGGCUAAAGUCAGUGGCCACAUCUGGAAGGGUCCAGAAUGGAUACUCAUCUGAAAAGGGAGGACAUAGUAGAAUGGACAGACAACUGUAUGAAUUUAACAUCCAGGACCAGCCCAGCCCCAUGGGCAGAUACAAGAAAUGGGCCAGCUCUGUGAAUGGUCUCUAGAUUAGACACAUCCGAAAGUCCUAGGUUAGGAGGACACAUCUGCAAUGGGCUCAGAUGCUCACCACAGUGGGAGGGCCCUGCCCUCUGUCUCCACACCAAUUUGAAUCAAGCCCUCAUUUCUGAGCUGGAUUUGCCCUGGAGUUAAAAAUUUCAGAGCUGAGGUGGUGCACGAAGUCACAAAACUGUUUUAGGUAGAAAGUUAACGUUCUGUACAAUAUAUAUAUGAAUGUAAAUAUAUAUAUGCUGUAUAUAUAUAUAUAUAUGCACAGUGUAUAUAUGACCCAUAGCCCAUGUGUAUACAACCCUUCCCCGCACGUCUGCACACAGAGUGUACAGAACCCAGCCAGUGUGGGUGGGGACUAAGUGACAGAUGGGAGCUACGGCAACAAGGUGUGGGACAAAGGUUGGAUAGCCCUUGGAGAAUGGGCAGGCCCUGAAUCCAGCUGCACUCCAGAUCCUGAAGAAGAGGAUGGUACUGCAAGUCUGGACAGGAUGUGGGGACAGGGAGUGGCCACGGGACCUCGAUGCCUGGGCAUGUCUAAGAACCAGCGUCAUGCUAGUACCUGGCCCCUGUGCCACCAUCACAUUCUUGAUCUGGAGCAAUUAACAGGGACUAGAAGAGCCGGGACAGAGGAGGCCAUGCCCUAAGCCUGCUCUCAUACCUGCCUUCGAGUCACCUGGUAGGUGUCAGGCUCUACCGGUCACACUCUAUGGGAGUGUUCUAAGCAGCAAAGGCCUAAGAUUGUCACCACACACAGAGACACUCACAGUGAACAGCUAGAAGAAAUGGCUUUUGAAGAGAAAGGCCUUAGGGCAUUGCCAGAAUACCAUAAGUACUGCAUCCUGAUGUCCUGGUUACCAGUCCUGCUCUCAUUCCCUCUUCUUUCUAAGAUGGAGGGCUUCAAGGCACCCCAGUUUGUCUCAAUUUUACAGAUCAAAACCCUGAGGCUCCCCUGUAGCAAGAAGCAGCCAGACUCAGUAAAAGGCUGGCCAAGAGUUUGCACAGCUAGACACCUCCUCAGUUCCAUUUGACCUGAGACCAGCUGGCAGGGGGUGACCAAGGAACCAGAGAGGUGAGAGAUGAGAGGCAAGAAGGUAGCUCCCACCCUAGCAUGGCCUGACACCAUCUGGCUGCCCUUCUCCCCCAUCAUGUCUCCCCCAGCAAGGCAGCUGGCAGAGAGCCCCCAGCAGGCCACACACCUCUGUCCCUGCCUCAUGUGGAUCUGGCUGUUCCCUGCAGUUCCAGUCAUUUCACCCCUUCAUGGGUCUAAGCAUCUCUGGAGCAUGCAUGGAGAAAGAGAUCUGGACUGGGCUCCGCUUCCAUGCAGGUCACAGCCUGCCCUCUGCUUCAACCCCAGGCACUUAAGCGGUCAGUCUCUGGUGCCUGGCCAAGUGCAUCUGAAUCCAGCCCCUAAGUAGGGUCCUUUCCUGGCUCCACAGGGACCGGCGGUUCCAGGGGCCCUCAUGCCACUGUGUUCUGAAACCCCAGCCAACCUCUGCCUGGGCAGACUUUCUGGCUGGGCCUCCGAGAUGGGGACCUCAGUUCCCAGCCCUGGGGCUGAGCCCUGUAGCACCAUGGGCCCCCGGAGCCCUGGUCGGUCCCACUACCCAGACCAGAGUGCCUGGACACCUCCCACUCCCAUUCACCUUGGUUCCCACACACUGGUCUCUGGGCCAUUCAGGGGAUGCCCUUUGUGGACAUGCAGAAUUUCUAUGAAUAUAGUUUUUUGUAAACAUUUUGUAACAAUUUGGGUUUCAUAGUAACUGUGUUACUUGCCAAUCAUUCUAGGCUGAUGUAAAUAAAUUUCCAAACAAAUCCGAUUAUUUUCCUUUUUAAGACACUGUGAUAUAUCAAAGUGCACAGUUUGCUGUAUGAAGUAAUAUGGUUUUAAAUUUU